UGAAUCAGCUAUUUGGUCUCAGAUUCCCCUGAAGUUAGUCACCAGCAGCUCAGCCUUGUGAGCGACACAGUUAACAACGGCAGAGUCUGCAGAGAAAAGACAUCCUUUACAGAGAUUCAAUAAGAGGCAUCAAAUAUUAGAGCUCUUAACAGCCAUGGGAAGGAUCCUAAAUGUAAUUGUUCUCACAGGACUGUGCCAUCUGCCUUUCUGUGCCCUCCAAUACGUCUUAUACCCAUAUAACAAAACCUGGAAUGAGGCGCAGACCUACUGCAGAGAGCACUGUGUUGACUUGGGCUCGUUCAAGUUCCUGGACGAUAUGAAGCACAUACUUGACGUUUUAAAGGACCAUUACCUUGAUGCUGCGUGGUUUGGGCUCAUGAAAGGGGACACCAUGAACUGGCACUGGUCUAUCGGGGGCAGAUAUUUCUACAAGGACGGAGAGAAAGAUUAUGUGACCCCUAGUGACCAGGAUCUAGAUUAUUACUGUAGAGUUUCAGAAGGUUCCACAGUGCACGGACACCCUUGUGAUUCAGCCCACUACUCAAUCUGCUACAAUGCAUCAAAAAUUGGUGACGAUCGGUACGUUCUGCACACAGAGGAACUGUCUUGGAACGACGCUCUAGAUUACUGCAGAAGCCACUCCUCCGACCUGACCAGUAUAAGGAAUAUUGCUGAGCAUAAUGUUAUCCAGAAUAAAGCUGGAGGCAAAAUCGUUUGGAUCGGCUCCUUCAAGGAUCCCUGGACUUGGUCGGACCAGAGUUCCUACUCGGUGAGAGACUGGGUAGAUGGGAAAGCAGUUUUCAGUGAGGACGAAGAGAGCUGCGUGGCUGUGAUCAAGAGUGCAUCUGGUAGAUGGGAACCUCGGGACUGUGCAGAAAAACAUCGCUUCUUCUGUAACUGCACGGAAACAGGUUCAGAGGAAACCACAGAGGAACCCACAGAGGAAUUCACAGGAAAUCAGAGUUUCAUCAUAGUGAGGAUAAAUGGACAAGACUCAACUUUGGAUCUUAGUGACUCUGCAGUGCAAGACAGCAUCUUGGAGCAGAUGAAGAAGGUUAAUGGAGCUGGAGGAUGGAAGUUACGAUGGAAAAAGCAACCUGAUGGAAACGUUUUUGUCAAGGAAACUCCCUGAGAAACUAAUCUAAAUUUGAGGGGUGUUAACCCAUGAAGCUUCAUUACAGCUUAUAAUAACUAUAAGUAAAGUAGUAGGCUUCCAUUAAUCUCAGUAAUUAUUCUUACUUUUAUUAGUUUAUAAAGGCUACAUGGGCUUGCACCAGAGUAUAUUUCAGAGAUGUUUUUAUUCUAUGAACCAGGAAGUUCCCUCAGAUCCUCUGGCUCUUCCUUUUUAGCUGUUUCCACAGAGUAGAACUAAAACAUUUGGUGAUGCUGCUUUUAGCCACUGUGCUCCAAAACUGUGGAACAGCCGGAGGACCUGACAGGAGCUGGAAAUGUGGACAUUUUUAUAGACUAAAAACUCAUCUCUUGUCCUUGAUGUACCAUCAAAUUUUAUAGUUUUAUUCUCUUUCACAUUUUUUUUAUUGAUGUAUCUAUUUCUUGUAAUGUUUUAUGUUUAUUAUAUUUUAUUGUUGUGGACUGAUUAUUUUUUAGCCUUAAUUCUUGAACUUUUAUCAUUAAUCAUUUUUAUUAAUUAUAUUGUAUGUCAGUGUGCAUUGGUCUCCUAGUUUUUAUUUUAGUUUUUAUUAUGCUUAUUUUUCAGUCAAAAUGUUAAGCACUUUGUAUUUCAUGUACCUGGAUGAAAGGUGCUAUACAAAUAAAAUUUGAUUGAUGAUCGAUUGAUUGAUACUUGCCUUUUAUGAUAACCUAAUAGCAGAUAAGCAACUAACAAUGUGCACCACUUCUGACCAGAUGGACAGACGUAGACCUGCUGUAUUGAUGAAGUGCCACUGACAAUGUGAUGCUAAUGAGUUGAGACAGUCCACUACGUUUUGUAAAACCACUUUGUCCUAGUAUAGGUUUCAAAGUCAAAGUUAUCGGGGGCUGACACUUAAAGUUGCGAUAUUUCGCUCUCAUCUGGUCAGAAGUUACAAAAUAGACUUGUUUUUAAUGGCAUAGAUGUGUUUGAUUUUCAUGAAUGAACAAUUAAAAAUAAAAAAAAGUUACAAAAUAUUUUUUUUCAUAUUGUCUUUUUGUUUCUUUUACAACAAAUUAAAUGUUAAUUUAUU